AUGCCCCGCUUUGAAUUGGGUCUUCCUCCAAACCUCGACUCUGGAAGGGGUCUGAGGCUGUUGCAAUUGUUGAGCCUUCCACCGGAAUCCGUUCUUGAGUGGUUUCGACUUUCAUGGGUGGGUGAGAAACCACACAGAAACGAUCAAAAUGGUAUCACACCAUCAACGAGUUUUCGACCCACUGGGGGAAACCCACUUCCAUCGCAAUCCUUUGAUUGCCGAAAGGUGCUGGAGAAGAACAGCCAGUAUCUGAACGAAUCACGUUUGAGUGAGUCAGUAGUUAUGCAGCCUAUUCUUAAACUAAAUGGAACUGACCUCGUGACAUUUCAAAACUGGCUCCCAAAAGAUAAAGUGUACAUGAGGACACAUUGUAUUUUAAAAUUAAAUUAA